CAGGGAGGAAAUGGUGUCUGGCCAUGAGGUGGCUGUAUGGAGAAGGUAGCUUUGUGCCUGGGAGCUGAAGGUCAGAAUCCCCUCCUACACUCAGACUCAGAUGUGUGGCCUCCAGACUACCCCUAGAAUAAUGAGGCUAGCUACACCCCAGUGUUGUCCAUUUGCACUGCCCCUUGCAGAUGACCUGGGUUUCUUGGACAUCUGUGUUCUUCUGUCUCAUCCGGGGUCGGGGCCUUGCUUGAGAGCUACAGUGUGGUCACUGUGGUCUCUCUCCUGUCCACUCUCUCCACUGUGCAGUGGAGCCCUCUUCCCACUGACCCUGCUCCCCACCCUAGUCUGAUUCAGGUGACCCGGGAGAGUCUCCGGAGAGGGACAUCUGAGUUAAAACCUGACUGUAGACAAGGUCUAGCGCAAGAGCCAAGUAUGUCAAGGUCUGACAGGAGCAACCCUGGCUGUAGAAUAAGAAGUCCUGAUAGGACAGGGCAUCAGCGAGGACAUGGGGGUAAAGGGCCGUUGGGUGGUGUUGGGCUGAGCCUGCAAGGCAUACUGCCAUGGACCUAGGAUGCCUCAGCACUGGGCAGCCCACUGCUGGGGGGCUUACCCCAAAACCCUCCCUGGCAUUGGAAUUGGGCGGGCUGGAAGGUUUCGUGGAGAGCAUGCUUGGUACCCAUCAUGCACAUCCCAGCAACUCCAUGUCCCCUGUACCAACCAUGUCCUAGCACUCACCAUUUGACCCAGUAUUCAGUGUGCCCCAGCAUCACUAUUUCCCAGUACCAUCAUGUCCUCAGUACCCACCAUGCCCCACCACGCUUCCAGCACCGGCUUUAACAAGUUUGGAUGCUGCUUGGUGUCUGCACAGCUGGAGGCAUGGGUGUAAGGUUUCUGCUUCAGCUUGCCUAGGGCCCCCAGUGCCUGACUGCCGCCACAGCUAUGGGGCUGCCCAACUUGGGUCAUGUAAGCUAUGCCCACAGGGCUGGGAAAGCUUACUAGCAGUGCCCAGACUGGUAAGGAUGCAUAUCUGGGGGUCCUAGGUACCCCAGGUUUAGGACAAGCAGACAAAUAGAGAAGCAGAGAGAGUUACUGUUCUGAGGCCACUGGUCACAGCACUUGGCCAGGGAGCAACCUUCUCUUUUUAGCUGCUAUGUGGCCCCGGGAGAGGAGGCACCCUUUACCCUGUAUUGGCAUCUGUGAAUUGGGGACAGUACCAUCUUCACCUUGAGUCGGUGACAGGCUGGGAAGACCUCCAGAACCCUGCAUUUAGCAAGCCCCUGUAAAGGACUCACACAUGCCAGAGAGGCCUGUCCCUGACCUGCCCAAGUCACCCUGGAAGACUUCCUGGAAGAGGCUGAGACUUGAGGGUGGCGUUGGGACCAGGAGCAGUGCAAGCCUUCACUAGGGCCGGACAGCUGCCCCAGCAGGGAAGGCAGAGCUGGGGCUGCAGGGUGGAGCUAUGGCCAUGUCAGGAGGAUCCUGGCAGGGUGCACGUGGGUUAGAGGUAGGGUUAAUCAUUGUCAUGUAGCCUUGACCCCAUCUGCCCUGGCCACGUUCCCGGGCUACUCUGCUCCUGCUGCCCUUCACGCCAGCUCAGGAGGAGCCAUGGGGCAACGGGCCUGGGUUCCUAGCCCCUGUCCCAUAUCCAAGCCAUGUCCCUUCCUGCUGCUCCUGCUGCUGCUGGUGGAGCCUCGGGGGACCCAGCCCCAGGCUGGCAGGAACCAUACGGAGCCCCCAGGACCUAAUGUCACAGCCACCCCCGUGACUCCCACAAUCCCUGUGGCCUCUGGGAACCUCAACACCUCAAUAGCAAGUGCUCCAGAGGCAGCGCCUGAGGGGCCCCACGGUGGAAGUCCCCUCUCUCCCUCCAGCAGCCCCCCCGGGGGCCAAGUGCUCACUGAGUCCGGGCAGCCAUGCAGGUUCCCUUUCCGCUAUGGAGGCCGCAUGCUGCACUCCUGUACCUCUGAGGGAAGUGCCUACAGGAAGUGGUGUGCUACAACACACAACUAUGACCGGGACCGGGCCUGGGGCUACUGUGCAGAGGCCACCCUGUCUGUGGAAGCUGUCCUUGAUCCUUGUGCUUCUGGGCCCUGCCUCAAUGGGGGCACAUGUUCCAGUACCCACGACCAUGUGACCUAUCACUGUGCUUGCUCUCUGGCCUUCACAGGCAAGGACUGUGGCACAGAGAAAUGCUUUGAUGAAACGCGCUAUGAGUAUUUUGAGGUGGGAGACCACUGGGCCCGUGUGAGCCAGGGCAGCGUGGAGCAGUGCAGCUGCACCGCAGGCCAGGCCCGGUGUGAAGGCACCCACCACACAGCUUGCCUGAGCAGUCCCUGUCUGAACGGAGGCACCUGCCACCUGAUUGUGGGCACGGGAAUCAGCGUCUGCGCCUGCCCGCUGGGCUACGCUGGGCGGUUCUGCAACAUUGUUCCCACCGAGCUCUGCAUCCUGGGAAACGGUACAGAGUACCGUGGUGUGGCCAGCACCACUGCCUCGGGCCUGAGCUGCCUGGCCUGGAACUCUGAUCUGCUCUACCAGGAGCUCCAUGUGGACUCAGUGGGCGCUGCUGCCCUGCUUGGCCUGGGCCCUCACGCUUACUGCCGGAACCCGGACAAGGACGAGAGGCCUUGGUGCUAUGUGGUGAAGGACAACGCCGUGUCAUGGGAGUAUUGCCACCUGACAGCCUGUGAAUCCCUGGUCAGAACCCAGUCCCAACCCCCGGAGGUCUUGGUGACCCUGGCCGCGUCAGCCCCAACCGCGCGUCCAACCUGUGGCAAGAGACACAAGAAGAGGACGUUCUUGAGGCCGCGCAUCAUUGGCGGCUCGUCGUCUUUGCCUGGCUCACACCCUUGGCUGGCUGCCAUCUACAUUGGGAACAGCUUCUGUGCUGGGAGCCUCGUCCACACCUGCUGGGUAGUGUCCGCAGCCCACUGCUUCGCCAACAAUCCCCCCAGGGACAGCGUCACAGUGGUCCUGGGUCAGCACUUCUUCAACCGCACAACGGACGUGACGCAGACAUUUGGCAUUGAGAAGUACGUGCCCUACUCCCUGUAUUCGGUGUUCAACCCCAACGACCAUGACCUUGUCCUGAUUCGGCUGAAGAAGAAGGGGGACCGCUGUGCAGUCCGCUCCCAGUUUGUUCAGCCCAUCUGCCUGCCUGAAGCAGGCAGCUCCUUCCCUGUGGGACACAAGUGUCAGAUUGCUGGCUGGGGCCACAUGGACGAGAAUGCAAGUGACUACUCCAGCUCCCUGCGGGAAGCACUGGUCCCCCUUGUUGCUGACCACAAGUGCAGCAGCCCCGAAGUGUACGGUGCCGACAUCAGCCCCAACAUGCUCUGUGCUGGCUACUUCGAUUGCAAGUCUGAUGCCUGCCAGGGGGACUCAGGUGGGCCCUUGGCCUGUGAGAAGAAUGGUGUGGCUUACCUGUAUGGCAUCAUCAGCUGGGGUGAUGGCUGUGGGCGACUCAACAAGCCAGGAGUCUACACUCGUGUAUCCAAUUAUGUGGACUGGAUCAAUGACCGAAUUCGACCACCCAAGCGGCCAGCAGCUGCCUCCUGAGACCCCCCCCCUGCAAUGGGUGGGAGGGGCGGACUACUCGAGGGUCCCUGUCUACUACCAACAAUAAAAACGUUUGCAAGGA